UUUGAUCAAUGUUAAUUUUUUUUAUAUUAAAACGAUUUAAUUCUUAGAUAUUAAAAUGAACGAAAUCCUGAAUAAAAUCGAACUAUUGCAAUUGUAUAACCUAAGUGAAGACUGGGUAAAAGCAAUAUUUAAUUCAGAAUUCCUUGAAUUUGAAGAACUACCAGCAGAUUAUGAAAACGCAUUUCAAGAUUUCGAAUACCAAAAGGUGUGUCUCGAGAUAAUGCAAUCUAUAGAUUCUUGGGUGAACUCAGAACCAAUUAAUAAUGAGGAAAAGUCGUGGGCAAGACUUUCGCACGAAAUACAACAUGAAAAACUUUUAUCACUUCUCGCUUACUAUAUUGACUAUGGGAAUAAAAACGUAAUAAAUAAUGAGUCUCGUUAUAAUGCAUUGUUGGCCUCACGUUUAUAUUAUAAACUACUGACUAUUCCUGGAUAUAAAGCUUAUCACAUAUAUCAUUCCCAACUGUUUGUGAAUUCAUUGGUUUGUUUGAGUUUUCCUAAAACGUUAUGUGAAAAUGAAGAAAACUAUUUGAAUGUUCGUGAAUUAACCCGUGAAGUCAAUGAUACUUUAAAAACCUUACAAAUAUUUGCUAAUGAUCUGAGUAUGGUUAUUAAAACAUUACAAUUAAAACCAAACAAUAUGAAUUUUGAAGAUAUAUUGAGUAAUUUAGUUGACAUUACUGGUGGAGCUAUUGUUAAAAAAUUGAAUGUAGAUAAGGUUCAGUUGGGAAAUUUAACUGCAAGUAUUUACAACAUGAUUGACAUCUUAGUUUGUGAUUCAAAGGGAAGUCCUUAUCCAGAAGCUGUCCAGGUCCUUUUCAAAUGUCUUCUGCCUAAGCUUGUAUCAGCAUCUACCGAUUCUCGGAACAGUAAUAAUGUUGUGAGAGCAUCAUAUGUAACAUACUCAGCACUACUUCUAAGUAAAUUUGGUAAAGCUGCAUUACCAGGUUACAUAAUUCUACUGCAACAUCUUUGCUAUACAUUAGACGGACUGGAGCGUGCCGAAGUCCGUACAGCUCGUAUGUCUCUCGUUCUCGGUCUGAUGAGUCUUCUGCCCAAAAAGUCUUAUAAGGAUUUCAUAAAAUGGAUUCUUAAAUUAUCAGCCACAUCAAAAGUAUCACAUAGACAAAUAGCUGUGGAGAUAUUAAGUAAGCUUUUAAAUAAUGAUCCCGAGGAAUCAGUUGCAAAUGAAAAUUUAUUGGAAAAUCAAAGCAGAAGUGAUGCAGAUUCUGGAAUACAGGAAUCCAGCGUAUUGACAACUGACUUAGAAGAGGUCUCCGCACUCAGUCCAAAUACUGUUCAAAAUGUUACUAAUGGAGGAAUUAUUAAUGAAGAUCUCAAUUCAUCUAAUCAGCAGGAGCAAGAUGCGCUGUUAGAGGAGGAGUUGAGCAAAGUGCUGCAGGCGCGCUCGCACACCGCACCGCACGCGGCCAUCGUGCGUGCGCUCUACGACCGCGUGCACGACGUGUCCAGCACGGUGCGCAUGCGCGCGCUCGCCCUCCUCACAGACUGCGUCGACAGCACGCACCCGCCUGUACAACACGCUAUUAAGAAGCUGAACGGUACAAGCGAGGUGACGCGUCUGGCGGCGCUGGCGGGGCGCUGCGUGUGCGACGAGCGCGCGGUUGUGCGUCGCGCGGCCGCGGCGCUCGCGCACCGCCUGCUCGCCGCUGCGCACACGCACACGCCUAACGAACUUGCCGUUCUUAUAAGCCUAUGUCGCGACGCGAGUAUAAUAGUGCGGUCGACGGCCAUUACUGCGCUGGGCGAGCUGGUGACGCAGAUGCCGAGUGAUGAGCUCCUCGAUGCCUUCCUCACCGGGCCUAUGCACCAGCUCUCCGACCCAGAGGCUAAGGUACAAGAUCAAGUAGUGACGCAAAUUCAGCAAAUCUUAUUCGAGCGGAUGCGCGCGCACUCCGCCAUAGCAAAGGAGGACCCGCUGCCCUGGAUGUUCCUCGCGGCCAUCGUGCGCAAGAACAUGCGCAGACAUUUGCAGAAGGCUUGCACGCUACUACACAAAGCAUCAAAAUGCAUAAACAACCGUUUGAUAGAGAUAAUAAGAAGUCACUUGGGCAAUGUGAGCUCGUCACGUGACCUGCAAUGCCUAGCGCUGCUGACCAGCUCGGCUCGGCAUCUACACUGCGAACAACUAGACUUUCUCUUGCAAUACUUCUACAAGCUAGAAGAUGAUGUACAGAAACCUGAUAUCCGUAUCGUGGCAAUGACGUUGGAAAUGCUAACACUGUGGUCGCGCUGGCUGAGCGCGGAGGACCGCGAGGCGCUCCGCCGGCAUCUGCUGCAGAAGUUGGCCGCCGCCUCCACUGCACAAGAUGAUGGUUGCAGACCCGACCGCGUCAAUCUAGCGGCUCACUUGGACCCAAAUAAUUUAGAAUGGGCGUCGCAUCUUAUGAAAAUCGCGGAGUCUCGCGCUGUGUGCGGCGGCGCGGGCGCAGUCGCGGAGUACGUGCGCGCGGCGGACCUGGCGCUGGUGGCGCCCGACCCGCCCUCGCCGGACCUGCUGCACUCGCUGCUGCAGCGAAUUCAACACCCCGGUGUGGGGGGCGAGGUUCAGGAGGUGAGCGCGUGUGUGGUGGGUGCGGGGCGCGUGUGCCUGCGGUCGCGCGCCUCCGCCGCCGCGGCCGCUCCGCCGCUGGCAGCACUGCUGCGCGACGCGCGCGCCCCCCUGCCCGCACGUCUCAACGCACUGCUCGCACUCACAGACAUAUGCAUCAGAUACGCUUGUAUCGUUGAGCCGCUGUUGGGGUCUAUCAGCCAGUGCGUGGACAUCGGCACUGCGCCGCCACUGCGCCGCGCCGCCGCGCGCGCGCUCACACGACUCCUGCUCGCCGGGUACCUGCGCCUGCGCACGCCGCUCUACUACCGGUACUGCGCGCUGUUGGCGGACGAGGAGCACGACGUGCGGGAGCCGGCCGAGUACUAUGUGAGCAGUUGUCUCACCGCAGACCACAUCUACCACCACUUCGUUGACUGCUUGCUCUACUACAACAGCGAUGAAGGAGGUGGGCUGUCGUUUGACGCACGGCAGCUGAUCUACGACGUGAUGCUGCAGCGACUGUCGGCGGUGCAGAAGCUGAACGUGCAGUGUCGAGUGGCGCGCGAGGUGCUGCAACACGCUGCAGAUCUGUGCGACGACAGCGACACCCUGCCCGACACGCUGCACGCUGCUCUGCUUGAUACCAUCACGCUGCUUUGCGGACCCAGGAUGAAGUUACCCAAAAAACCACAGACUACAGGUGAUACAGCGGACAUAGACGAUCUCACGGAGAGAGUGACAAGCAAUAUAGUCUCAUAUAAAAUGAAGCGCACGGUGGCGGAGGUGUUGGUGCCGGCCGUGCUGCGGCUGUACGCGCACAUGCGCCCGCGCGGCGGACAGCUCGCCGCAUACCUCGUGCGCAUCGCCACAGACCUGCUCGCCGACUACCGGCAAGAGAUCGAAGAGUUGAUCCAGCUGGACGAGGAGCUGGUGCAGCGCAUCCGACAGUUUCAGGAGACGAUCGGACUGGAGCCGUCUUUCGGCAACGCGCGCAACCUGGUGACAGCUUCUGCGCCCCCCGACCCCGACACGCCGCGUGCGCCCCGCAAGCGCCCCGCCCACCGGCACCACGAGCCACACCCCCAACCCAAGCGUGCGCUCCGGAUAUAGGCAGCGCCCCCCC